AUGGGCGCUAUAUUGGAGACAGCGAGUGGCCCCAUUGGCGGGCGGGACCGCUUUCCCUGGUCAAUACUCUCGUCUCUUUCUAUCGGCCCACAGUCAGAGCAUGCGUGUCGUACUCUGGAUCAUAUGGCUGGAUUCGCCCGGUCCUUGAAAACCCUUAAGCUCGAGGUGUUCUAUGAAAAGAGAAACCAGAAUUGCGAAAGUCCCAAACGGUUUCUCCUCUCAUUCGACACCCUCGUGUAUUUGGAAUUACAAAACUAUCCUUGCCCCGUUCAGGCCAUCGCUCAGCACACGCAGCUCGUCCGUCUUUGUCUGCAUAGCACCGAGUCAUGGAACCCUCAGGCACAGCGCAACGUAUUGAGCAAGGAGGAUCUGGAGCAUCUGGAUGCGCAUUGCCCCCAUCUUGAAUAUCUGGAACUCGACAUUGAACGCCAGAAUGAUGAUUGGCCUUGGGACAUACUCACUACUCUGGCGACGGUAUUCGACCACCUCCGCAAACUGACCCUUCACUUCCAUUUGGGCAAUACGAGAAACCCUCAGAUGCCCGUGCUCAACUACCACUCAGCCCAGGAGAUCAGAAACGUGUUUUACAAAAGUCGACAAGCCGCAUUUGAAAGAUACCCGGGUAUCCAUACUUCUGAGAAGGCACGAGCAGAACCCAGCAGCACCAGCGCCUCUGCAAGUUUUUUGAGUAAGCUCGAAAGAUUGACAUUGAAAACUGGGUUUGAGAAAUCGCUUCGCCGGUAUCCAGAUCCAUAUCCACGUCGCGCGGCAUGGGCGGAGCUGCACACAGUGACAUUCGAGCUCCGACCGCCGAAGACUGCUAUAGAGAAACCAGAAUUUACUCACCUGCAAAGACAAGAGCUUGAGGCAAUUCCAGAUCGGCGUGCAGUGGACCCAGCCUACUAUAAGAAGCUCAAGAAGAUGGUGGACGCUGCGGUGGAGGGACCGUGA